UCGUUUCUCUGUGAUCUGAUCAUCACCUUUUUUAUAUAUAUAUACACACGAGAUUCCAGUAACCCAAUUUAACAUAUACAUACAUGUAAAUGUGUGUAUAUGUAUAUAUAAAAUUUUAUAUUCUCUUUUUUUAUAUCUUAAGCUUUCUUCAAAUGCCCACCACCUGUUCGAUUAAAUUCCUCAUCUAAACCAAAAAAAAAAAGCUUCAACUUUCUUCUUCUCUCUCACUCUCUCUCUCUCUUACCUCUUCUGAUUUGUUUAAUCUGACUUACAUUCCUACAAAAACGGGUUGCCUUGUAUUAGAUCAACGUGUUUGAUUCACUGCUCUGUUAUUUCAAAAGAUUGGAUUUUUUUCGUCACCCAUUGACGAAGUUUUUUUUUGAUCUGAUUUGAUUUUGAUUGUGUCUCCUUCCGUUAUGACUAGUCCGAGAAGUAACAAGCCUAAGAUCGUCAACGGUCCUGGUGGUUAUAUUCUACAAGACGUUCCUCAUCUCAUCGAUUACCUUCCUGAUCUUCCUACUUAUACGAAUCCAUUGCAAGACAAUCCAGCUUACUCAGUGGUUAAGCAAUACUUUGUUGAUGCAGACGAUAGUGUUCCCGAGAAGGUUGUUGUUCACAAGGAUGGUCCAAGAGGAAUACAUUUUAGACGCGCUGGUCCACGUCAAAAGGUUUACUUUGAGUCGGAUGAAGUUCAUGCUUGCAUAGUUACAUGUGGAGGUCUCUGUCCCGGUCUCAAUACCGUCAUCAGAGAAAUCGUUAGCAGCUUAUCGUACAUGUAUGGAGUAAAGAAAAUUCUUGGAAUUGAUGGUGGAUACAGAGGAUUCUACGCCAAGAAUACCAUCCCCUUAAACUCUAAAGUCGUGAAUGAUAUCCAUAAGCGAGGAGGAACAAUCCUCGGGACUUCAAGAGGUGGACACGAUACCACAAAGAUAGUUGAUAGCAUUCAAGAUCGAGGAAUCAAUCAGGUUUAUAUUAUUGGAGGAGAUGGAACACAGCGAGGUGCUUCUGUAAUAUUUGAGGAAAUUAGAAGGCGUGGACUUAAAGUUGCUGUGGUUGGAAUUCCAAAAACGAUCGAUAACGAUAUUCCGGUAAUAGAUAAAUCUUUUGGGUUUGACACUGCUGUGGAGGAAGCUCAACGAGCGAUUAACGCAGCACAUGUUGAAGCCGAGAGUAAUGAGAAUGGUAUCGGUUUUGUCAAGCUUAUGGGUCGUUACAGCGGUUUCAUAGCGAUGUAUGCUACAUUAGCCAGCAGAGAUGUUGAUUGUUGCUUGAUUCCUGAGUCACCAUUUUACCUCGAAGGAGAAGGUGGACUCUUGGAGUUCAUAGAGAAACGGCUCAAGGAGCAUGGUCACAUGGUGAUUGUUCUAGCUGAAGGUGCAGGACAAGAUUUGAUGUCCAAAAGCAUGGAAUCUACUCUUAAAGAUGCUUCUGGGAACAAACUUCUUAAAGAUGUUGGUUUGUGGUUAGCACAAAGCAUCAAGGAUUAUUUUAAAAAGAUUAAGAUGGUGAUGAAUCUCAAAUACAUUGAUCCUACAUACAUGAUCCGGGCUGUUCCAAGCAAUGCAUCAGACAAUGUUUACUGUACACUUCUUGCUCAGAGCGCAGUUCAUGGUGCAAUGGCUGGUUACACUGGCUACACCAGUGGUCUUGUCAAUGGAAGACAAACAUACAUCCCUUACUACAGGAUAACAGAGAAACAGAACAAUGUAGUGAUUACGGAUAGAAUGUGGGCGAGGUUAUUGUCUUCUACGAACCAGCCAAGUUUCUUGGGGCCUAAGGAUAUAUCUGAAGAGAAGAAAGAGAUGCCAGAGACGCCGCUUCUUGACGACGGAGCUGUCGAUAUCCCUCCUGUGACUAAAGAGGUCACUAAGUGAAGUUUCAGGGCAUGAUGGCACAUAUUCAUACAGUAUUUUGCUCAGAGGUUUCUGAAAACAAUGCCGUUUUAGGCGAAAGUGGAAUAAUUGUUACCCUGACGAUUUUGCCCUUUUGUUGGCAUACACAAAACUCAAAUUUUAGUUUUCUUCUUAGAUGUUUAUUAGUUUUGUAAUCUUUUUUGCACUUUCAAGUUUUAACAUCUGAAUGAAUGAAUAAAGUGAACUUCGUAACGUUUAA